AUGAGAUGCAUUCUCCUCCCACUCCAGAUUCUGGCUGCCAUCUGGCCCACUCACACCAUAGUUGAUACUUGCGAUGAUUGCGGAAGACACCCCUUAGUGCUCAGACAUGGGCAAAGUGAGCAGGUGGUGGGCGGAGCCGAUGUCCAGCCUGGGGCGUGGCCUUGGGUCGUCAGUUUGCAGCUCCCCACGAUAACAGGACACAAGCACAGCUGCGGAGGCUCCCUCGUUUCUGGCCGGUGGAUUCUCACUGCGGCCCACUGCUUCUCAAACAAAAGGGACCUCCCUCACUGGCGUGCGGUGAUUGGCGCAUGGAGGCUUUCUUCACUGGGCUCCGAGGUCCACGUGCGCUACAUCAAGCGGAUAGUCAUCCAUGAGGAGUACCAGAGGAGCACGGAGACCAGUGACAUCGCUCUGAUGGAGCUGGACCAGCCGGUGAAAUGCAGCGACUACAUCCAGCCGGCUUGCUUGCCUGACAUGACUGUCACCGUCUCUCUCCUGAACCACUGCUACAUCAGCGGCUGGGGCAUCCUAGGAAAAGCUGCCAGGGAGGUGUCCGACAUCAUGCACGAAGUGAAGGUCAACCGCUUCUCUGUGGCUCAGUGCAACAGCAGCGGCUGGUACAAUGGGGCCAUUGAGGAACACACUCUCUGUGCAGGUUACGAGGAAGGAGGAGCGGAUAUCUGCCAGGGAGACAGUGGUGGCCCCCUCAUGUGUCAGGAAGAUGGCUCUCAACCCUUCUGGAUCAUUGGACUCACAAGCUGGGGGCAGGGCUGUGGGAAAGCACACAAGCCGGGUGUCUAUACUGACACACAACACUUCUACCCGUGGAUAAAGCAGUUGGCGGGCCCAAUGCCUCAGCCCCCUCCCACGCCCAUGCCCAUGCCCACAAUCAAGGUUCCACUCCAGAGCGAAUCAACUCCCCACCCAAGCUCUCCCCCCUCAGCUCCCGAAGCCACCAAAACCCCAACGGAACCCUCAACUCCGUUUCAAACCACUUCUCAAAAACAGCCUUUAGUCUUCUUCUGGCCUCCAACCACUGCACAACCUCUGCUUUGGCCUAACACACAACCUUUGUCCCAGUCCACCUCUGAAGUCCCAUCGAAGCCCACAACCCAACCUCAUGCCAAAUCUCCAAACACAUUCCAAAUUGAAGUCCUCUUUCAAACAACCCAAGCGCCAACUUCACCUCAUGCCAAAUCUUCAUCUUCUUCUCCAACUCACACAACAUCUCAGGUCUUGUCACCUUUGUCUUCCACUCAUGCCAAAGUCCUAUCUGAAUCCACAGUUCAAUCCGAGGCCACUCCUCUACUUGAAAUUGAAAUAAUAUCUGAGCCCAUAUCCAAGUCUCCACCUCAGCCUCCAACUCCAUCGAAGACUAAAGUCACAUCUCUACUUGCAUCUAUAAUUCAAUCCGCACUCCAAACAUCACCUCAACCUUCAUCUCCAACUUCACCUAAGACUGAAACCUCAAGUCAGACAACAUCUCACGUCCUGUCAUCUUCAUCUUCCUCUCAUGCCAAAGUCCUAUAUGAAUCCACAGUUCAACCUGAGACCACUCCUCUACUUGAAAUUGAGAUAUCUGAGCCCAUAUCCAAGUCUCCACCUCAGCUUCCAACUCCACUGAAGACUGAAGUCACACCUAUGCUUGCAUCUAUAAUUCAAUCCGCACUCCAAACAUCACCUCAACCUUCAUCUCCAACUUCACCUAAGACUGAAACCUCAAGUCAGACAACAUCCCACGUCCUGUCAUCUUCAUCUUCCUCUCAUGCCAAAGUCCUAUCUGAAUCCACAGUUCAACCCGAGGCCACUCCUGUGCUUGAAAUUGAAAUCAUAUCUGAGAUGGAAUCCAAAACUCCACCUCAACCUCCAUCUCCAUUGAAGACUGAAGGCACAUCCGCACCUGUAAUUCAAUCUACUCUCCACAUCACACCUCAACACAAAACCGAACCUCUUCCCGAGCCUGAAAUUCCAACAGAGGUUGGCUCCACAUCUGAAACUGAAUCCCAACCUUCUCCUGGAACAAAUCCAGAACCUGAAGCUUCACAUCAGUCUAUAACCACAUCUCAACCUACAUCCCAAGCUCCACCUCAACCAUCUCCUCAAACAGAGUCUCAACCAGAACUUGAAGCCACAGCUCAGCCUUUGACUAUACCUCAAACUACAUCGGAAGCCCCGACUCCCUCUGAGACCCAACCUUCCCCUCAAACCACAUCAGAACCAGAAACUGACACUCCAGCUCAUGUUGUAAUUGUAAUUCACAGUACAUCGGAAGCCCCGACUCACCCCGAGACCCAACCUUCUCCUCAAACCACAUCAGAACCAGAACCUGAAACCACGGCUCAUGAUGUAAUUCUACUUCAAAGUACAUCAGGAGCCCCAACUCACUCUGAGACCCAUCAAACAGAACCCAAACUGGAGCCUGAAACUCCCCUUCUAUCCAUAACACUCCAAUCUGCAACCUCACCGCCCACGUCUCCGUCCUCACCAGAAACGGUGGCUCAACCCGAAACCUCCGGGCAACCUCUCCCCGAAGCUCAUCCGAACCCCCAAAUCCCCCAGGCCCCAUCCCGCCCGAUUGCUGAGCGUAAAAUCAUACCCAUCAUUGAAAUCUCCCAUACCGACAACAUCGUGCUAAAGUUCUUGAGGGUGAUUCAGAAGUUCUUGCACAUCAUUAGGAAGUUGAAAGACGUCGUGUGGGUCUGGCCCGAUUUGUCGAACCUGAAACUCAUCAAGGACAGCGAUCUGGCUUCUCUCGAGGAGUCGGAAAGCCCACCGGAGGGUGACCUGCCUGGUGAGUCCUGGUGAGCUGGAAGGAGACCCAGCGUGCCUUUGACAGGCAGGUGUGCCACCGAAGUUGAGAACUCUUGGCAAUGCCAGCAACAUCCUCCGGGGAGCUGUGGCAGCACGCUUAUCGAAACCAGAAACGAGAGUUUUGUUCAGGGUUCUGCUAAUCUCACGAGUGCUGGGUCUCUGGGGCGAUUUUACACAGCUCAGGGUGGUGAGCCGAGCUCCCUCCGUGCCUGGUGCUUCUGAGGCAGCAGUGUGGUGACCACAGGCAGGGCGAGACCUGCAGGCUGCACAAAAAUGGAUUAAGAGGCCACUGCAUCUAAUCUUUCCCUGGGACCUCAGCACCGUCUGGAGAAGGCAAGGUUGCGUUGGGUUGCGUAACUAUUUUGUUGUGCACACAAGCAACCCUUAAUAUGAAGAUCAGCUUCUACAAAGGCUAAGAAUCGGAAUCUAUAUCCCUGUAAGUUUAAAUCCUGUCCCCGUCUCCCCCUGAUUUUCUUUGUAACAGAUGUUUGGCAAUGUGUUUUAUUGUUUACAAAAUGUAAAUAUCAAAAUGUGUUUACAAAAUGUA